AUGAAUGCUCUCAUUGAAAAGUAUGAACACAAUGCCACUCUUGUCAUCCGAGCGUUUGCCAUCACAAAACGCACCAACAGACAAUUGCAAGCGAGGGAGUUGACGAUCUUGAAACAAGCUGUUGAUGUCGUUGUCCCUCAUCUUGCAGAUACAUGCGGUAUGACUUCUAUUGAGUUCGAAAUUCUGUUGCUCCACGCUGCGGUAAUUAAUCCGGAAAUGACGCUCGAUUUUCUCGAUACUGCUGUUGAGUUUAUCACGGUUAUACGCCCUGAAAGUUGGUUAACAGAGUACGACAUGUGGUUUUUGAAGUUUGUUUCCCAGCUGCGUAAUGCACUCGAUGUUGCCCAAAAAGGCCGUCAAGGAGAGAGUAGUGCAUCGGUAUCUUUCACCGCUGAUUCUACGCUGCAGGCCAGUGUACCAGUAUUGGCUUCAUUCAACAAUGCAUUCCAGGCUUGGUCCGGCAACACCUCUCAGAUGGCAAAUCCUGCCGCAUCAAUCCUCAGCGAGUCAAGUCGGCCUAUAUGUACACCUAGCACCAUUGAUAACUUCACAGGAAUGAGCUUCCAAAACUGGCUCAUGGCACCUCCAGAGGCAAACCUGGCGAUGGGCUUUGAGGUACAGCCUACUCUCACUGAAAAUUCCUACCUGGAUUCGUCCAUGGGACUCCUUGAGACACAGGUUCCUAGUAGCCUUGACGAAUCUCAAAAUGAUAAUACUCCUGAUUGGUUGGCAAAUUCUCUGGACUAUGACUUUGCGGCAUUGAUUGCUUCGAUCAACGAAACCAAUGCGGGUUAG